GCGUGGCCCAGUGAGGGGCGUGGCCUCUGGAGGGCGGGGCCGAGCGUGCGGCAGCCAGAGAGGAGCAGAGCCGGAGGCUGCAGGGUCCGGAGCAGCGUGCAGCGAGCGGGAAGACGCAGCCGCCCUCGGCCCCAGACAGCCCUCCGCGGUCAGUUCCCUCUCUCGGGAGUGCGCCAAUGCCCGGGCCGACCCAAACCCUGUCCCCAAAUGGCGAGAACAACAACGACAUCAUCCAGGAUAACGGGACCAUCAUUCCUUUCCGGAAGCACACAGUGCGCGGGGAGCGAUCCUACAGUUGGGGAAUGGCGGUCAAUGUGUAUUCUACCUCGAUAACCCAGGAGACCAUGAGCAGGCAUGACAUCAUCGCAUGGGUUAAUGACAUCGUUUCUUUAAACUACACAAAAGUGGAGCAGCUUUGUUCAGGCGCGGCCUACUGCCAGUUCAUGGACAUGCUCUUCCCCGGCUGUAUUAGUUUGAAGAAAGUAAAGUUUCAAGCAAAAUUGGAACAUGAGUAUAUUCACAAUUUUAAACUUCUGCAAGCAUCAUUUAAACGAAUGAACGUUGAUAAGGUGAUUCCAGUGGAGAAGCUGGUGAAAGGACGCUUCCAAGACAACCUGGAUUUUAUUCAGUGGUUUAAGAAAUUCUAUGAUGCCAACUAUGAUGGGAAGGAAUAUGAUCCCGUCGAGGCGCGACAAGGGCAAGAUGCAAUUCCCCCUCCCGAUCCAGGCGAACAAAUCUUCAACCUGCCCAAGAAGUCUCACCAUGCAAACUCCCCCACGGCAGGUGCAGCCAAAUCAAGUCCAGCAUCUAAACCGGGGUCCACACCUUCUCGUCCCUCAUCUGCCAAAAGGGCUUCAUCCAGCGGCUCAGCAUCCAGAUCGGACAAAGAUUUAGAAACACAGGUCAUACAGCUUAAUGAGCAGGUACACUCAUUAAAACUUGCCCUAGAAGGUGUGGAGAAGGAGAGGGAUUUCUACUUCGGGAAGCUGAGAGAGAUUGAACUGCUCUGCCAAGAGCACGGGCAGGAGAAUGAGGACCUCGUGCAGCGACUAAUGGACGUGCUCUACGCUUCGGAGGAACAGGAGGGCCAAACAGAAGAGCCUGAGGCAGAGGAGCAAGCCCAUGACCAGCAGCCCCAGCAGCAAGAGGAAUACUGAGCUGUCUCAGCCACUCUUGACACUUCCAUUGUGUGUGGGGACUUUUCUUCUGGAGAAUUGGAACAUGUGUGGCCUCAAGCUCAGUAGAAACCAGCCGUUCCCAACCUGCCGUUACCAUCGAUGACGCACUGUUGCACCCACCAGCCACUGCGUUUGGUUCUAUUUCCUUCGCCAAGAUGCAUUGACAGAUGGCCAUUCAGGUCACUGCCUGCCAGACUGUAGGCUUGGUACCUUCACCUUCCCCACUUGGCUGCUUGAGAUUGGGUCUGCUCUUUCCCUCAUUUCUUUCCAGAACAACUCUUUCCCCACCCCACCACCACCACCAUCACCACCACCACCACCACCACCACCACCACCACUGCCACCACCACCAUCACCCCUUUUUAUCCUGGUGUGAAACAAUGGUAAUUUGAUAUAUGGUAUUUAUAUUGGCAUUUCUCAACCCUGUGUCACUGUCACAUGCGUCUGUGGUGCUUUGAUGUUUGCAAGUCUAACCUCCAAUCAUUUGGUCAGAUAACUAAUUGGAACAAAGGGAAACAGAUACUUGAUAUGAAAGCCAUAUGACAGUAGCUUGUGUCGUGAGGGGAAACACUGUUUCUCCCUUUACUCACAACACUGAAGGGAAAAAAAAAUGGAUUCGAAACUAGGACUUCAGGGCCCAGCAGUGUUGAUAGAGCCACGUGUUAGAGAACCACACAGUUGUUAGUUUUCAAAGGCUUCACUCAAGGAAAACACCAUCUCAGCUUUGCCCUCAACCCCUGUGCCCUGCCCUCCCUCCCUUCCCAGGUUCCCCUGUUAUUUUCUUUCUCAGGGUCCUCUUCAGUGGGCAGCCCUUCUCCCCAAGAUGAUGUCAUCAGUAACCUGCAGUGCAAAGGGGGUCUCAGAAGGCACAAGUCCUCCACCCUACCCCUCUUUCUCCUUCUAUGGGUUCCAACCCAAGUCCUGCCAGUUAUGAUAAGGGAUUCCUACUAAAGAGUAACUUCAGAGCAUGCAGCCAUGGCCCCAGGGUUCUGGGUCCAGGAUUGCGGCUAUGGCCCCAGGGUUCUAGGUCGGGAUUGCGGCCAUGGCCCCAGGGUUCUAGGUCGGGAUUGCGGCCAUGGCCCCAGGGUUCUGGGUCCAGGAUUGCGGCCAUGGCCCCAGGGUUCUAGGUCGGGAUUGCGGCCAUGGCCCCAGGGUUCUGGGUCCAGGAUUGCGGCUAUGACCCCAGGGUUCUAGGUCGGGAUUGCAGCCAUGGCCCCAGGAUUCUGGGUUGCCAUGCUGGUGCAAGGCUGGGAGUAAAGACCCAGUUGAUCGCACAGUUGUAAGGGAGAAGCAUGAUUCUGAUAGUACAGUUGUAAGGGAGAAAUGUGUUCUGGAAGAAACACCCAUGACUCCCAGAAUAAGGGAUCCCCUCAGCAACACAAGGACCCUCCGUGUCAUUGACAUUUGCUAAACUGUGGCAAUUCAUAAACAGGAAACAUUGAUGAAUUUAAAGCAUUCCUUGUUUUUUAACUAAUAUUUGCACAUUUUCUUAGUCUCUUUCCAAAUCUUUGCCUCUUCUCCCCACCCUUUUUGUCAGAUGAUUUCUCUUCCUAGACCUUUCAUUUCAUUUGAUUUGAACAUUAGGUUUACUGUCACUUGUUAUUUAAUUAGCAGGUACAACAAAAAUAAAUAAAUGUGCCCACCCCACUUUCCACUUAACCGAAAAGCUCAAAAUAAAUUUCUGAAUUAUGCAUCAUAAAGCUUUGAAAUUUCUUUAUUAAUUGAUGAAAUACUGAUCCGAAGUUCUAGCAUCGAAGCUUUUCACCAAGAGAAGUCUUUCCAAAAUAAAUCUUUUGCAGCAAAGUUGUAUUUAUUGAGUUCUAUGUGGAAAAGAUGGCUUGUACUUUUGAGUACAACACACUGUGCAGAACUGGACAGAUGUUCCAUGGUGCUCGGUGUCCCUUUCUUCUCUCUCCUGCUCGCUCAGCCGGCAGAGGCAGCUCAUCUCUCUGAGGCUAGAAAGCCUGUGUCCCCGCAGUGACGUCCUCCCAUGCCUGGUUACAGGUAGUGGCUAUGCUGUAUACAGCAUCAGGCUUAGUGGUAUGUUGCCCCCCGACCUGUUGUUCUCACUUUGUUUUUUUAAUAGUUCUUAUAAAGAGGCACACUAAACAGCUACUCACAGAUACUUGAGCGGCUCCUAGCAAUUCUUUACCUGCCCUGGACAUCUCAGUAAAACCCAGGGCCAAGUGGUUCACAGCCACAUUCCUGUGAAUGAGUACAGGGAGUCAGGACCCUGUCUUCUCCCAAGCCUCUUGAUACUGUUGAGCUCAUGUAGGCUCGCUGAUGAUUCCUCUUGCUGG